AUGAAGUUUGUCGCUUUAAUAUCUGGAGGCAAAGACUCCUUUUAUAAUAUAUUGGAAUGCCAUAGACAGGGCCAUGAGCUUGUGGCUUUGGCCAAUUUGCAUCCGCUCAAUGUCGAUGAGAAUGAGACAGACUCCUUUAUGUUCCAAACAGUCGGACAUGAUCGAAUUGAGCAUUAUGGUUUAUGUCUUCUGGUCCCAUUGUAUCGUCAACCACUCACAGGCGGCUCGACAAAUGUUCAAUUGGAGUACACCCCUACUGCUGACGACGAAAUCGAGGAUCUUUACACUCUUCUAUCCAGGGUCAAGGAGGAGAUGCCAGAUAUAGAGGGUGUCAGCUGUGGUGCCAUUCUUUCACAUUAUCAACGAACGAGGGUGGAGAAUGUCUGUGAUAGACUUGGUCUCACCUGUUUGGCCUUCUUAUGGCAGAGAGAUCAGGCAGAAUUGAUGCUGGAGAUGUGCCUGCUGGGUCUCGAUGCUCGGUUAAUCAAAUGUGCUGCCAUUGGUCUCAAUGACAAGCACUUGGGAAGGCUGAUUUCUGAAAUGCUUCCAAUCCUCACCAAACUCAACCAAAUGUACGACGUUCAUGUGUGUGGUGAGGGAGGUGAGUUUGAAACUUUCGUCUUUGAUUUUCCCCUUUUUGAGAGACGCCUCGAGAUUUUUGACGAGAAAGUCGUUGCACAUUCUUCGGAUUGCUCUUAUCUUACCUUCCUGACGAAGCUGGUUCCGAAAGAGAGUUGUGACAUUACAGGUAAGUCCGCAGACCUCAACAAAAAAAGAGAACCUCUUGAAGAAGACUUUUUGUUGGUGCAAGAAAGCGUAACAGACAGUGCACCAAUUACCAUCCCUGAGGUGAAGGAUGUGUCGUUUCCAAUUGGGCCAAAUGUAAUUCCAACUCCCUUAAGACUAUAUGUCUCCAACAUUACCAGUACAGCCCCGGACGUGAAGGGUCAGACUCAAGACAUCAUGACCCAGUUAUCCAACAUUCUCAAAGCACACGAGGUUUCCAUCACAGACAUUCAACAUGUCACUGUUCUUGUUCGAGACAUGAGUGAUUUUGCAGCAAUCAACAAGGUAUACGCUUCUUUCUUCGCGGACACAUAUCUCCCACCAUCUCGUGUCUGUGUUCAAACCACACUUCCACAGCCUUACCACCUACAAAUAUCAUGUAUAGUUCUCGAUCCACCGGCCCAAACAAGACAAGGUAUUCACAUCAGAUCGAGAUCAUUCUGGGCCCCUCAAAAUAUCGGGCCAUAUUCCCAAGCUAUUGUGGACACCAAAGACACAUUCAAGACAGCUACUCUUUCCGGUCAGAUCCCUUUGAUUCCAAGCACGAUGGAGCUAGAUAGUGAGGAUCCUGUGAGGUCUGCAACACUAUCUCUCCAACACCUUUACAAGGUGAAAACACUCGUUAACGUCAAACAAUUAGCAGCGGCUGUAUGUUUUGUCACUACCACUUCUCCUCAAAUUGCCUCGCAAGUGUGGAAGGAGUACGUGCAAGAAGUUGAACAUGGACAGGAUUUCGACGAUCGACUCAUCAUUGUUCAAGUUUCCGGAUUGCCAAGAGGAGCGAACAUCGAGUGGGGCGGAUUGGCAUUUGAGCGUGUUGUUGGCAUGUAUGAUGAUGAUGAAGAGAGUGAUGCGCCAAGGUUGCUUCCCUCUGCUGCUGAGCUCACGCAAGGUUUCAAGGCCAAUAUCGUCAACAUCAACGAGAACCUCAAUGUGGUGAAGUUGAUGACUAGUGAUAUUGGUCUUGUGAUCGAUUUCCUUCGCAGUCCAGCUAUCGGAAACUCUCAUGUGACGGUCAUGACCAAACUUCUGAAUGUCCAUAAGCUAGUUGCUUUGGGACUCCCAGCUGAAUGGGUUCCAGUGCUCACAGUAUGGGACAGCGAUGGUACAGAGCCCGAGCCUCAGCCUAAGAAAGAAGAGCUUUCCAAGGCCGAGCAAGUCCAAAGAUUACAGCAUUCUAAAAGAUUAAGAGAGUUUGAGAAGCUUACUCGAAGCGUCAACUCUUACUUGGUGAGAAAAGAGACACUAGGUGGAAACCCACCCAAUGCAUCAUUAGAUGACCCUGCUGAUGAGGUAUACCAGUCUGUUCGAGAGAAACCCGUUAUCCAGAAAACAUCAAUUUCAAAAGCCAUAUCAGCCCCAUCGUCAUUUGAUCCCCUGAAGUCCACGUUAAGCUCUCCAGCGGUGGACCUACCUGAACCCAUACAAGAGAGAUUGGGCCUCUCCUUGAAAUACCUUGUAAAUAAAGACCAUCAGGAUUGGGAUGUUGUUCUUCGGCAACUUGAACAUGAAGGAGGAUUCAAAGGCCUCGUUGAAAGAGACGUGCGGAAGCUAGUGUACGCUAUUCCAAGACCUCAGCUUCACACUGUCUUUCCCAAAAUCGAGGAACUUUUGGAAGCAGCUGGUAUGCAAAAAUCUCCAAAGAUCAUCAAUGCCUACAUGAAAAGUGUGAUUCAUCGUGGAACAGUGGAUCUGACCGAGAUGGAAGUCAUAGAAAAAUGUGUGGAGCAUAUGAGAGGAUUAACAAAGAAGGGUAGUCUUUCUCGAGAAUCCUACGAAAUUUUGGUCGAAGCUUACGGAAAGAAUUCAAAUAUUGACAAGGUGAACAAGACUAUCUCCGAGAUGAAGGAGCUCGGUUUGGAACCGCUGAAAAAUGUCUAUUCUAAUGUACUCGCAACGUGCGUUUAUAAGACAAAGUCUCACGAUGCAGCUGUUCAGCUUUUUGACUCCAUGAAGUUCUUCUCUCAAAAGACACAGCCCUCAACACGUGAGUAUCAAGAUAUUAUUGUCAGUCACGUCAAUAACAACGAUAUUGAGAAGGCGUUGGACUUGUACCAGGAGAUGAUUCUUGAUAAGGUCCAAAUAAACCAGAAUAUUGUGGUGGCUCUCGCAAGAGGUUGCUUCAACAGAGAGGAGUACAGGGUCAGGGCGUGGGAUUUCAUGUUUGAGGUUCACAGAAGAGACUGGACCCCAACCGUCCAAACCGCCGAGUACAUGCUAUACUUGGCACUGAGAGAUGGCGAUUUACCGUUGGCUCGUUCGCUUUACCAGCAACUCAAUUUGGCUGGCAAUACGUCCCCACGCUCUUUCUCUUUUCUUCUUUUAGCCUAUGCUAACGCUAGUCUCGAAGAUAAGACUCCGACGAUUCUCUACAAUGAGUCGGGUCGCCUGUUCCGUCAUAACAUCAUCAAUCAGACUGAGCUCAAUCCAAACGUUGACGAUCCGAAGAAGGCGCUUCCUUUCUUGCCAAAGUUUUUCUUCGAUACCUUUGAUGAAGUUUUAGCAGAAUCCAGUGCCGUGAUGGCCCACACAAUGAUGGUGAAUCGUCAUUUCGUCAACACAGAGAGCAUUAACACAUUCCUUAACGUUGCUGCCAACAUAGGCAGUCUUGAAGAAUUCAAGGACAGACUCGAGCUGUUCACCUACUUGGAUAGGGAAGGCGUUCCCGCUGUGAGAAGCAUCAUUGAGCCUGAAGACGCCAUCAUAGAGGAGAACGAAGAUGAAACUCAGGUCACCAAGAUAUCUCCUUCGAAGGCUAUUGCAAAAUCUCCUAUUCUUCAACAACUUGUUGACUCAUCCUCGGGGCGCUAUAAAGUACCCAGAAACACAAUCACUUAUCUCAUUGCAUUGAAAGCUGCAGCUAAGCACAAGAACUACAAUCUUGCGCAAACCAUGUGGACCGAGAGAGGUCUUUAUAGAAAGUCCGUUCAUUGGAACAAACUUACCAGACAAGAAAAAGAUCGACUUGAUUUCGACUUUGCCGUUGCUAUGGUCAACGCCCUCACCCAACUUGGUUUAUUUGACGAUGCUCUUGCAAUUAUUGUCAGCACGGAAUACCAGUUCAAGUGGAAGAGGCAUCAUUUCUCGCAAUUAUACAAAGAGGCCGUUGAGAUUGGUAACAGCAAGAUUACGCAAACACUCCGUGGCAUAGCGAAAAGAGCUCAGGUCAAUUUCGAAGGUAAGAUCCGCAGAAAAGACUAUAAAAGGUUUGUUAUGGAAAAUGGUUACUAG